AUGGGACGAAGCUACCGCAACCUUGGCACUUGCAAAAUUAGCAGGACCAGGGAGCUGAUCACAGCCGCAUAUGAGCUUGGAGUCGCCCACCCGCCCGGCUACCCCCUCUUCACGCUGCUGGCCAAACUGGCGACGGGGCUGCUGCCCCUGGGCUCCCCCGCCUACCGGGUCAAUCUCCUCUGCGGCUUGGUGGGAGCAGCUGCCGCCUCUUUGCUUUUUUACACGGUUUUCAGGCUUUCUGGCUCAUAUGCUGGAGGAAUCCUUGCUGCGGGGGUGUUUUCAUUUUCUCGUCUAACAUGGCAGUGGUCCAUCACGGCGGAGGUUUUUAGCUUAAACAAUCUGUUUGUGGGGCUGCUGAUGGCUCUCACCGUGCAUUUUGAGGAGGCAUCCACUGCAAAAGAGAGAUCAAAGAUCUCUAAACUUGGUGCCUUUUGCUGCGGGCUCAGUUUGUGCAAUCAGCACACAAUAGUGCUUUAUAUCGCUUGCAUUGUGCCUUGGGUUCUCUCCCGGCUUUUCAGAAAGACGGAAUUGUCCCUAGGCCAUUUGCUGAAGUUGGGUUUAUGCUUCUUGGCUGGUUUGCUGCCUUAUCUCUAUCUGCCGGCUUCGUCCUACCUCAGUCGAGCCCGUUGGACAUGGGGAGACCAGACGACUUUUCAAGGAUUUUUGACCCACUUUCUCAGGGAAGAAUAUGGGACAUUCAAUCUGGCCAAGUCCGAGACAGGAUCCAGUAUGAGAGAGAUGCUGGUUUUUCAGCUGGCGCAGAUGAAGUCGGAGCUCUCCCUUCCCGUCCUGGCCCUGGCACUCGUGGCCUGUGUGAGCACAGCACUGCCGAUGAAGCAGCAGAAAUCACCCGUGAUCUGGCUCUUUGCUGGAAUGUUCUGUCUUUAUUCCCUUUUCUUCGCUUGGAGAGCAAAUCUGGAUAUUACAAAGCCUCUGUUUCUGGGCGUGGUGGAGGUGUGGACAAAUUACAGUGCUUGUGAUCAGAGCAACAACUAUGUUAUUGAUAAGUUCGCAAGGAAUCUGCUGUCCUCUAUGCCAACGGGUGCUGUGGUCUUGCUAAGAGGAGACUUACCUGGGAAUGCUCUUCGUUAUGUUCAUUAUUGCGAAGGGAUGAGGCCAGAUAUCACCUUGGUGGACCAGGAGAUGAUGACUUACGGAUGGUACUUACCAAAGCUGGCAAAGCAUUUACCUGGCGUUUAUUUUCCUGGGAACCGGUGGAAUCCUGUGGAAGGAGUAUUACCCGAUGGGACACUUGCUUUUAAUCUGCAUCGUUUCCUCAAAGUAAAUAAACAUAAGGAAGUGUUUGUCUGCAUAGGUCUUCAUGAAGGGGACUCAACCUGGAGAAGGAGCUAUUCGCUCUGGCCGUGGGGUACAUGUGAAAAGCUGGUUCCUUCUGACGUUGUCUUUGACCCAGGAGAGUGGAUUAAUCUUACAAGAAAUCUCUAUAACUGGACUGAAGACUAUGGCAGUUUCAAGCCCUCUUCCUGGGAAGCGGUCGCCAACGAGGAGAUGUGGCAAGCCAGGAUGAAAACGGCUUUCUUUAUAUUUGACCUUGCAGAAACGGCCAGUGUGACUGCAGAAAUGAAAUCACAGCUUUACACAUUUGCAUACACUUCAUACAAAGAAAUUGUCAACUCUCAUCCAAAUCACCCGGUGAACUGGCACAAAAACUACGCCAUCGCCUGCGAGAGGAUGUUGCGUCUCCAUCGGGUGGAUGCGGAUCCCGAAGUGCUGCUCUCCGAAACUGUGAAACAUUUCCUUCUGUACACGGAGAAAGCGGAGGACGAUCCCCAGCAGCAGGAUAUUCUGCAGGCUGUGAAGCACCUGAAGAAAGAGCUGCAGGGGCUGAGGAAAAUGAAAGCAGAUCUGAGGCGGGGAGCUGGGUAG